AUGGCUGAGUUCGAGCAGCCGUCUGAUCCUGACAACCCAGAGAAGCUUCAGGAUUGGCCGCCGACAGAGGACUUCGAGAAAGAGUUCCCUGAAAUAUACGAUCUCUUUGAAGAUUGUCUUGUAGCGCCCUGGGUUACAUCAAGGAGAGGACCGCUGAAUCUUGAAAUGAAUAUGCCGGUAGACGCAUGUCCGCCAGACACUGGCCCCAAGGCGUAUCUGGCGCACAGUGCAGCCGGCGGUACUACCACACGACUGCAUUGCGAUGUGACCGACGCAAUAAAUAUGAUGUUUCAUGCAGAAGAUGGUUCCAAAGGCGGUGCUCUUUGGAUCAUGAUAGAUCGUGACCAUAUGUCCGAGGCCGAGAGGCUACUGCGUAAAUGGAAGGAGGGCUUAUUCGAAGGCCAUCCCGUCCACUCGCAGCAGCUCAACCUUACGGAGAAGGAUGUUCAAGACCUAAGAGCAGCCGAAGUUAACGUCUGGACUUUCAAGCAGAAGCCAGGUGACGCUGUUUUCAUUCCUGCCGGAGUGGGGCAUCAAGUCACGAAUGAGACGGCAUGCAUCAAGAUAGCCGUCGACUUUGUAACUUCCAGCAAUGUCGAAUUCUCUCAACGCAUCAGUCAAGAGCUCCGAGAACAUCGCUUGACGACUGAUGAUAGGGUUUCCGAGGAUGUGCUUCAGCUGCAUGCAAUGUGCUGGUGGACGUAUAAGCGCUGCCAACUUGAAAAUCUUCUAUCUAAUGCACGCUCGGAUCCUGCAUCCGACCCCUGGAUAUCAAACUACUCUGCUGCCCCUGCUUAUGUCCCUGUCUCUCUAGACAGCGGCGGUGCGUACUCUGAAAUCUGA